AUAUCGAGCUAAGCGCUAUAGCUAGCGAGCUAGGUGAGAUUUUCAUUUCGCCGAAACAAUUGUGAAAGUAUGGCGAUGAAUUACGCUGGAACAAGUUCGGGUACCGGUUCGCGAGUUGAGGACCACAGGAGAAAGUGGGACCGAGAUGAAUAUGAGAAGCUUGCUAAGGAACGUUUGGAUCAGGAGCUUGAAGCUCAGGCAGAGAAAGAGAGGAGGAGAAAAGAACCUGUUGUCAAGCGUGAGCUUCUCAAGCAGCGUGAUUACAAGGUUGACCUUGACUCAAAGCUGGGGAAGUCCCAGGUCAUCACCAAGACAACUCCUUCCUCUCAGAUGGGCGGAUACUACUGUGAUGUUUGUGAUUGUGUUGUUAAAGACUCCAUCAACUUCCUGGAUCACAUAAAUGGCAAAAAACAUCAAAGAAAUUUAGGAAUGUCAAUGAAUGUCGAGAGGUCGUCCUUAGAUCAAGUCAAAAAGCGGUUUGAGAUGAACAAGAAAAAAGUGGAAGAAAAGAAAAAGGACUAUGAUUUUGAAGCCAGGUUACAAGAAUUGAAAGAAGAGGAAGAAAAGCACAAAGCAUAUCAGAGAGAGAAGAGGAAAGAAAGGAAAAGAAGAGCUGAUGAUAGAGGGAUAGAUGGAAUGGAUCCAGACAUGGCAUCUAUGAUGGGUUUUGCUGGAUUUGGGAGUAAUAAAAAGAAAUACUGAAGAACACCUGUAGGACAGACCACAUCCGAUUGAGGAACAUCAAAGAAACAAAGAAAGCAUAACGGUGGCUCCAAGUCCAGUUGUAAGAGUGCAAUCUAUCAUAUUCUUAGUGUUGCAGGAUUGAAAUCGGCUGUGAAAAUCACUGACUUGUUUCAUGGAUUGCUGCACCAAAUUCUAACACUAAACUUGGGCUAAUAUUCUGACCUCUGGUAGUUCAGUCAAGCUAUGGUCAUGCAUGCUAAAAUGUUUGGAAGUCACAGUGUCUGAAGAUUGUUUCACUCAGGUUUCUCACUUAGGUUUGAAAUUCUUAAUGCAUUUAUGUUUAAAAACCGAUUGUAGUUACCAUUGUGCCAAACAUAGGGAUGCCAGGUGGAAUUGAUCAGAGGGAAUGAAAAUCACCUAGAAUAAUAUUUUGUAGACAAAAAUGC